CCCAAAUUGCGGUAAAAUGAGACCCAAAAACCGCGCAUGCAAUCAUUUCCCUUGCACACGAAGCUCAGGACCGACCUACCUACCACCUACCCCCUCCUCCCUCUCUCUCACUAACUACCAGCUAUGGAGUACUUUCUUUCUCUACCGAGCUGCCCUUUCUAUACAGUCCAGUCCAGUCCUUGCCAUCCAUGUAGUCGAUCCGUGGCUGUGCCCGUUCCCCAUCCCCAUGCGGCUUUGCCUUUUUCUGUAGUAACGCUCCAUCUGGUGGUGUUCAUUUCCCCCAUCGGCGUCUCUAAUCUUUUUUUUUUCUCGCUUGCUGGCUUUCCGGCCCAUCACGUAUUGUUUGCUCUCACCUAUAAAUCCUCCCCCCUAUCCGCCUGGGAAGCAUGGCCGCCUCUAUUCCACUUCAAUAUUCGUCCAAGGGAUGCUCAUCGACGGUGAAAAGUGGGCCUGUGAAGCUUGCGUUCGCGGUCACCGAGUGACCACCUGCAAGCACCAUGAUCGACCAUUAAUCCACAUCAACCGAAAGGGCCGUCCCUUUGCAACCUGCUCAGUCUGCAACUGCACGCCGUGCGAGGCGCCCGAGGACCACGCCAAGCUCAAACGCGAGGCCGACGCCAGAUGUCAAGCAUCAAAAGUAGAGCCAUUCCCCGAUGUUCAGCACCAGCAUUGCAAGCCCCCCCGCCCCAAACAUAUACUACAAAGACAACCAAAAAAAUCCCACUCACCAUCUGAAUCUGAAUUUUCCCACACACUCCUUCUCCAUUGCUCCAGAGAACAGUCUAAGGCUGAUGUGGAUUUCCCUUUGGCGUCUUGCUCUUUGUUCCAGAGAGCCGCCGGCAGAUCUCCUCGUUCCACCCCAGUGGGCUCCCUGAAGCCGAUUGCGCCGCGUCCCGCGCCGUCGUCCACGGGCGGUGGUAGCAGUGGUGGUGCAGGCGCAGGAUUCCGGCGCGACUCCCAC